AUGAGCGCACCUUUGUGUGAGGGAGCUGAAACAGUGAGAGUGGGAGUUUUACUUACUGAAAACCAAGACUGUGUAGUUAUUGCUGAAGAAGGACAUGGUGUGGACUACAAAUCUGGAAAGAAUGAGGGAGCAAAGUCCUUCUCCUUUGACCAAGUUGUGACUGUUGACAACAUACAGGUCUUGGCAGAUCUGUUUAGUCAUCUGUUGUCGCAAGGGAAGGGGGAGUUGUUCACCUCUGUGUCGUACCUUCAGUUUUAUCCAGACGGCAGUGCUGUGGAUCUCCUGAGCUCCAAGGCAGACAGACGAACUCUAAAACUUGUGGCACAUGACAUCCUUGGAAGUCUUGUAGGAGGUUUAAGUGAGGUGUGUGUGUGUUCAGCAGAAGAAGCCUAUGCUCUCUAUGAAACAUGCAGCGAGAGACUGAAGGCUAAUGCUGGCUCCAUUUCCAGCAGGUGUAGUUGCCUGUUCUCUGUCACUGUUGAGCAGAAACUUCUUCCGGAAGAGGUGGAGUCGGAGGUCUGCCGCAGCAGACUGCAGCUGUUCAGACUGGCAGGAGGAGCCAGCCGUACUGACCUCAGAGGAGUCAGCCCACUGGUGAAGGUUGUGGAGCAAACCCCAUGUGAAGCCACAAGUAACAAGAUCCUCUCUUUCCUCCUAAAUGAUGCAUUAACUGGAAACAGCAGGACGGCCCUCAUCUACUGUAUCCAGCAUCGUGGUCUUCUAGAUGAUGAGACCCCCUCCGCUUUAGCUUUGGCUCAGAAAGUGAGAAAUUUGGUGACCAAGGCCACUGUUAAUCGCUGGUGUCCAAGGGCAACUGUGCAAAAGAUCCGCAAUGAAAUUGUGGAUCUAAGAACCGUGAUGAUGUCGGAGGGGGAAAGUGAUGUUCACAACACCUUCAGGCUAGCAGAGCUGACCCAAAACCUGCAGAUUGUGAAAAAUCAGUGUUGGGAGAAGAGGAGGGAAGAGUCCAAGAAGAUAAAAGACACAACACAGAGUUGUCAGACCCCAAAAAGCAGUUUGCAAAGCAGUGAUCACAGAGAGGGUACAGACACGAUGAAAUAUUUACAAGCCCAACUGAAACAAGAAAUGGAAGAACAUAUCAGAGAAGGUAAAGGGGACGUGGAGAAAGUGCAGGAGAGAGUAGCAAGAAUCCAGCAGCUGAGAGAAGCUCUCAGAGAGGAGACACAGAAGAACGGGGCUGCUACUGAGGAAUCUGAAUCUGACCUCUGUCAACAAUCUCAGCUGGAAUACAGCAAAGCACUGGAGCGCAGGAGGCGACUUAAGGAGGAACACAGGAGAUUAAUUCAGGAGGAGGUGGAGAAGAUGGAGAGAGACUUGGCACAAGAACAGCUACCGACAGAAGGCCCCCAGAGAGAGCUGCUGGUGCUGACCAGAGAGAGGCAAGUCCUGGUGUUGCAGAUAGAGGCCCUGCGCGCUGAGGCCCAGCAGGCUGAGAGAGACCUGCAGAAUCAAUAUCAUAAACACCAAACAGAGCUGCACUGUUUGAGAGAAGAGAGCCUGCAGGUGUUCCGAGUGUUUCAUCAGGUAAGUGAGGAGCAGAGGAGGAUGUCAGAGGGCAGAUACAGAUGUGUGCUGCUGGAGGCUGUGCAGGAUGCCAUCUACCUGUCUGCCCACAACCAGGAGCUGCAGGCCGACAACAAACAACUCCGUAAAGCACUGGGAGAGUUAAAGGAUAUUGUAGCUGUGCGAGGUGAUCCUACGGCUGAACUGUUAUCCCAACAGCAACAAAGUGUGACAAAAAUACGCUUAUGAUUU